AUGUUUCUACUUGCCACGUCACAAGGUUUGACAGCUUAUGAGAACUUCUACGCAAAUCGGAUUUAUGAUGAUCCUGAAUUUUAUACCUGUAAGUGUAGGAAGCCUAAGAAGCCUAGAAAGCCCUUUGAAGCCUUUGGAAGGCUUCUGAAGCCUUCUGGAGCAGACCUGGGAAUUUUUUACGAGGCACCGUAAAACGUAAAACAUACUUUUUACGGUUUUGAAAAACCGUAAAAUUACGAGAAAAACGUAAAAUUUUGUUACUCAAUCUUUUCACUGAAAAACAGAAAAAAUUCCUUCAGAAAUAGCGAGUUGGUAACUUAUCGUAACUCCAACACAUUUUUACCAAUAUUAUUCUUCAUAUUCGUCAAAAAAUUAAUCAGUUAGGAUUAAAUCAAAAUUUUCUUUGAAAAUUUCGUGUUUUUUUUAAAAGUUUCUAUUUGAUUCUGUCAAAAUUCACUAUAAUUAAACUAUAUUUAGUGAUUAUUUUAAACGAAUUAUUUUACGAUUUUUUGAGCGGUAAAACCGUAAAAUGGAUUUUACGGUGAAAUCCCGUAAAAACCGUAAAACGAAAAAAACGUAAACGUAAAAAUUCCCAGGUCUGUUCUGGAGCCUUCUGAAGCCUUUUGAAUUAUUCCUGAAGCCUUCUGAAACCUUUCGAAGCCUUUUGAAACCUCAUGAAGUUUUCUGAAGCUUUCUGAAGCGUUCUGAAGCCUUCUGAAGAUUUCUAAAUUUUCCUGAAGCCUUCUGAAGCCUUCUGAAGCCUUCUGAGGCUUUCUGAAUUUUCCUGAAGCCUUCUGAAAUCUUCUGAAGCCUUCUGGAGCAUCCUUAAGCCUUCUGAUUUUUGCUGAAGCCUACUGAAUCCCUCUGAAGCCUGAAAAAAAUCAAAAAUAUUUUUCAGCCCGUCUCAUGCUCUAUUUUUCCAUCCACGAAGCCGCUUUUUGCUUCCAAACGCUCACUUUUUUCAUAUUCUCAAUAGAGCGCGUUUUGGCGAUUUAUGGAAUUUUGGCACAACGCCAAAAUUUGCUCUUCAUUAUUUUUGUGCUGGUUUUUGUUUUGACUGCCGGAGCAUCUUUGGUUUUUUCAUACACUAUUCAUUUUUUGUGAGUUGGGGGAAUUUUGAAUUUUUAAAUUUUCGCGCCAAAAAAUCAAAGUGGAAUUUUAUUUUAUUUUUUCAAAAUUUUGAUUAGUCCCAGACAAAUUUCCCAAAUUUCAAUCAUAAAAUUUCUAAAAAUCCUCAAAUUUUUUUUCAUUUCAUUUCAAUUUAUUUCCAAGAAAAAAAUGAAACUUCUCCUAAUUCUCUUCCAAAUUUUAUCGAUCCAAAAUUUUGUGAUGGCUGAAAAUUGUGAAGAUGUUUAUGAACUUGCCAAAUUACAAUGUCAAGCUCAAAACGGUUUUCCUGUUAAAACAAUUAAUUGUAUGCAAAAAGCUGGGAAAGAUCAUGAUAAAUGUUUGAAAAUGUGAUAAUAAAUUUGAAUUCUCAUAAGUCAUUCAAAAUUUUCAAAUUUAGCGCCAAAAUUUGAUUAAAAUAGGCUUGCGGUGCGUGUGCGUUGCGGUCAAAAAUUUAAGCGCGAAAAUUCAAAAAUUUAAAUUUUCAUUUUUCAUUUUCCAGUACAUCACACCGCCGAGCCAACAAUAAUCAUCUCAUCAAUCGAUAUUCUCGGAUUAUCCCUCCAAAUUGUCACGUGGCAUCAUGCCAAAGUCCAGUACUCAAAAACCGUUGGCUCCGCCCCUCUGGAGCAACGAUUUCGUAUGGCAAAUGUUUAUAAAUGGACGCUCACGCUAUUUCCCUCGUCAAUUUUUGCGGUUAUUGUUAAGGUAAAUUUUCAUUGCCACGUGGCAAAAAUUCGCGAUUUUUUUUGAAUCUAAAAAAAAAAAAUAAAAAAAAUUUGCUGAUGAGAGUGGGAUUCGAACCCACGCCCCCGAAGGGACUGGUGCCUUAAACCAGCGCCUUAGACCGCUCGGCCAUCUCACCACACAUUUCCACUCGCUCAAAAAUGUCAUGAAGAGAAGGAGCGAGAGAGAGAUAGGCGUGUGCAAAUAAAAGUGCACUUUUUUUGAGGGAAGGAAUUUUUUUUGACAUAAGUUUGGAGAAAAAGUUUUCUGAAGUCUUCUGAAGCCUUCUGAAGCCUACUGGAGUCUUUUGAAGACUCCAGAAGGCUUCAGAAGGCUUCAGAAAGCUUCAGAAGGCUUCUGGAAGCUUUUGAAGGCUCCAGAAGGCUCCAGAAGGCUCCAGAAGGCUUCAGAAGGCUUCUGGAAGUUUCUGAAGCCUUCUGAAUUUUCCUGAAGCCGCCUGAAGCCUUCUGAAGUAAAUUUUUCAGACAUUUUCAAUUGGAAUGAUUUGGAUUUAUAUAACACAAGAAAAAUAUGACCUCGAAAAUGGCUACCGUAGUUUAUACUUUGUAUUUGUGUUCAAAAAUGUGAGUUUGUUUUUUUAUUUUUUAUUUUUGAAUAUUUUCAGCAUCAAAAAAUUUUCCAGCUUCAAGCAGCCUACGCCAUUUCACUGCCCUUCAUAAUUCUCUCAACAAAUUCGCAACUUUGCCGAAAAUUUCGCGCCAAAUUUUGUGGCGCCAAACGAAAAGUUUCGCCAAAGACUGUGAAAACUUUGGAGGGAAAAGAGAUUCGACGAAAUUUUCGAACUACUGCUGAAUAUUUUGAGAAUUUGAGGAAUGGUUGGGAGAAAUUUUAA